AUGCCCCAGCGCUGCUCCGCUGUCGGCUGCAGCAACGACAGCAAACGGAAUCGCGGAUUAAGUUUCUUCCGGUUUCCUUGUGCAAGUCUUCACCCGACGAAGCGCCAGUUGUGGAUUCGGGCGAUCCGACGAAACAACGCGGACGGCUCGCCGUGGCAGCCAUCGGACCACUCCCGCCUUUGCGGCAACCACUUUGAGCAAGGAGCUCCAUCAAGGUGCAAAGACCACCCGGACUACGUCCCGUCGAUCUUUGCUUACAAGCCCAGCUUGCAAAGAUACUCGGCUGCACGGUUUGACCGGGCAAGGACGCGGCAUGAUAAGAAGAUGGUCACUGCAUCCGCCAAGAAUGCCAAUAAAGCAUCCAAGCAGUUAUCCCCUCCAGCAGUGGAACAACAGGAGACGGACACCAUGGCUGAGGUUGUGGACAACUCGGAAGACCAGUGCACCCCGUCUACAGACACUGCAAAUGACAUGUGUGUGGCCGAGGACUGUGAUGCUGCGACACCUUUGAGAGACAUCCAUCAGCGUCGUCUGUUGGAGAGCAGGAUUGUGGAGUUGGAGCGGCAGCUUCAGGCAGAAAAGCUUAGGACACAAGCACAAAGCCAAAUGAUUAUGAAGCUUGAGGAAAAGAUGUCUGAAAUUAAGGUCACUACGCUUUCCCUUGCUAACAUCAUGGGCACCGAAGACUUUUUGUUUUACACUGGGCUGCCGAACUAUUUUGUGUUUAAGAACUUGUACGGCAUGAUUGUCACGCGCGAACCUAAAUUGUGUUCAGGCAAUUAUGUCAGGGUCCACACAGGUGAAGAGCAGCUGUUCAUGGUUCUACUGGGUCUUGCACAACAAAGAAUGCCAAGACACUUCGACGCAUUUCCUGAUACAAGGGUGGUACUGGAUGCAACCGAGAUAAGAAUUCAAACGCCAUCCAGCUUGGAUGCACAGCGUCAAACCUUCUCACCGUAUAAGCAUGCAAACACAAUGAAGUGCUUGGUUGGGGUAACACCGGACUGUUAUGUUUGUUACCUCUCGCCACUGUACGGCGGUGCCAUGAGUGACCGAGAAAUUGUGCGGCAAUGCGGCAUCCUCAACCUGUUAGAACCAGAGUGCCGCACACACGUCAGAUGCCAAAGUCGGAAGUCUACGAGACUCGUAACAUUGCUGGCGCUAGAGUACAUGUUGAAAGAGUGA